AUGAUUUUGCAAGCUCUUGUUGAGUUUGACAACAAUCUUGGUCAUCAAACCUUUAUGGCUGUUAGACCAUCAACCAAUCUCAUACGUAAAUUGUCCACCAAACAAAUUUUCCUUAAACGUUUAGAAGAGGAAGACAUUUCCACCGAUAUUGACCCAUCGGUAGAAGCAACCGAAAAACCGAACAAUCAAAAUCCAAACACAUCACCGCGAAAUGCAGCAGCAUAUCAUCGUCAAAGCAAAAAGGAUACCAAAGACAGCCCUAAGGAAAAGCAGGCUACUAAAAAUGUAAAAGCAUUAAAGCACUUCGAUGAAGAUGACGAAGAUGAAACACAUGACACGGCCAUUCUGCAAAGUUUAACUUCAAAAUUAUUUCUAACAGCCGAUGGUUAUGAAUUUCAGCGUUUGGAACAAUUACGCAGCGAUACCGCUUCCGAAAUUGUACCAUUUGAUGCUAAUUUCACCAAUAACGACGGCGCUACCAUUAAAAAGCCGCCACCUUCAUCAUUCGCCGAUGACACAAAUCUCGAGGUUGUUUUCGAAAAAGUCAAGUACAAAGAAGAUGUGCGUUACUUCCGUCAUACACCGUCCACAGCUAGUUUAGAUAAUUACUUUAUUAAUCAAGAUCAAGAUCAUAAUCUCAUCACUAACAAUUCCACCUUUUCCAAUAACAGUAAUGGAACUAACAACAAUAACAACAGCAAUCAUACUCAUAAUCACAAUAAUAACAACAACAGCAAUGCUAUCAAUUUUAAUAAUCCCAUAUUUACCAAUAGAGGCCUUGAAACGCAUCAUAAUUACUUUAAUUCCCAACACCAACUCAAUCAUUUGCUUCCAGUUAAUGUUAGUUUAGGUUGUAAAUCCGAUGGCAACUAUCAUCAGUUCAUAAUUGGCCAGGAGAGGGAUUGCUUUUAUAAAUUAACGCCUGUUGUUAAAUGGGACAUAAAUGGAAAUUCAUUGGACGAUGAUAUGGAUAAUUUUCAUUGCUUCAGUAUAAAUUCAAAUAAUUCUCCAGCUAAAUCAAGUUUACGCUCAAGUUCUACCACUUUGGAGACAUGGCUGGAAGAUGAGUAGAGUAAAUGUUGGCAAAGCACCAUCUCCCUAGUUGGAAAUAUGGACAGA